CAAUUUCCCAUGAGCACUAGCAACCAAAAUCACAAGAUCAAUCAUGGGACGUUGCAGCCAUAGUUUCUAACAGUGUUUUGACUUUGUUUGGGGAUCUGAUCUGGAAACAUGGCAGUAGAAACCAUCGCACCUGAUUGGGAGUUUGACCGUUUUGACGACGGUUCUCAGAAAAUACACACAGAAGUUCAGUUGAAGAACUACAGCAGAUUUCUGGAGGAAUACACCUCCCAGCUGAGGGGAAUUGAAGAGGCUCUGGAUGAUUCUAUAGGAGAUGUGUGGGACUUCACUCUGGACCCCAUCGCUCUAAAGCUUCUCCCUGACGAGCAGACUUCGUUAUUAGAGUUAAUUAAAACAGACAAUAAGGUUUUAAACAAAGUUAUUACUGUUUAUGCUGCUCUCUGUAGUGAAGUAAAAAAGCUCAAGUAUGAGGCAGAAACCAAGUUCUACAAUGGAUUAUUGUUUUAUGGAGAGGGAGUGUGUGAAACUGGUGUUGUCGAAGGCGAAUCUCAGAUUCAAAUGGGCCGAUUUAUUUCGUUCUUGCAGGAACUGUCCUGCUUUGUUUCCAGAUGUUAUGAAGUGGUGGUCAGCAUCAUUCAUCAGCAGGCUGCCCUUUACAACAGUAGCAAGGGAGCAGCAAAAAUCAUUGAAUCAUCUGGUGUCCAUUUCCAGGUGGUGUAUGAGCACCUGGGGGAGCUGUUAGUGGUUCUGAUCACGCUCGAUGAGAUUAUGGAAAAUCAUGGUACCCUAAAAGAUCACUGGAAGAUGUAUAAAAGGUUAUUAAAGUCUGUUCAUCACAACCCCGGAAAAUUUUCCAUCUCUGAAGAAAAACUGAAACCAUUUGAGAAGCUCCUGUUGAAGCUGGAGGGGCAGCUGCUGGAUGGCAUGAUACUUCAGGCAUGUGUGGAGCAGAGGUUCGAUGACCCAGCUGAGGGGGUGACUGUCUCCAAAAACGGCGCCUUUGCCGAGGAGUUCGCCUUCAACAUUCGCUCCAUAUUUACUAAUGUGGAGUCAAAGAUUGGUGAACCUUCUGAAAUUGACCAGAGAGAUAAGUACGCUGCGGUCUGUGGCCUCUUUGUCCUACACUUUCACAUUUUUAGAAGCGUUGACAAGAAACUCUUCAAAUCGUUGCUUGAUGUCUGUAAAAAGGUCCCUGCUGUCACUCUGAUUGCAAAUAUCAUCUGGUUCCCCGAUACCUUCCUCACCACUAAAGUCCCGGCUGCUGCCAAACUGAUGGACAAGAAAAGCCUGCAGGCGAUCAAAACACAGAGAGACGCCUACCUGCAGCAAAGGGCCCAGACUUUAACAAAGGACGUCCAGUCGUACUACGUUUUUGUAACUUCGUGGAUGAUGAAGAUGGAGUCCAUCCUGUCCAAAGAGCAUAAGAGUGACAAGAUGGCAGAGGACCUCAACAGCAGAUGUAAUGUGUUCUUGCAGGGCAUCCUGUACGCUUACAGCAUCAGCACCAUCAUCAAGACCACCAUGAACAUGUAUAUGUCGAUGCAGCGGCCCAUGACCAAGACGUCUGUCAAAGCACUUUGUCGUUUGGUGGAGUUGCUGAAGGCUGUAGAGCACACAUUUCACAGGAGGUCGAUGGUUGUAGCGGAUUCUGUUUCACAUAUCACUCUCCAGCUCCAGUCUCAGGCCCUCAAUGCCAUCAACACUGCAAAGAAAAGGGUGAUCUCUGAUAAAAAGUACAGUGAGCAGCGUCUGGACGUCCUUUCAUCCUUGGUGCUUGCAGAAAACGCUUUGAGCGGGCCGAGCACAAAGGAGCGACGCCUCGUGGUAUCUCUUGCUCUGUGUGUCGGCACUCAGCUGAAAACAUUCAAAGAUGAGGAGCUGCUCCCUCUGCAGGUCCUUCUGAAGAAGCUGGAUUUGAUCAGUGAGCUUAGUCAAAGGGUCAGGAUCCAGUGUGACUGUAGUUUCCUUUACUGGCAUCGAGCUGUCUUCCCUAUCUACCUCGACGAUGUGUAUGACAAUGCUGUAGAUGCAGCACGGAUGCAUUACAUGUUCAGUGCUCUAAGAGACAGCGUGCCAUGCAUGCUCCACGCUAAACACCUGGGGUCGUGUGACCAACUGCUGGAGUGCUUCGACAAGGAGAUCAUGGAUGUGUUCAAUGAGCAUCUCCUCGAUAAGCUGUGUAAGGAGAUUGAGAAGGACCUACGUCUGUCUGUCCACACCCACCUGAAGCUGGAUGACAGGAACCCUUUUAAAGUCGGCAUGAAGGACUUGGCCCACUUCUUCUCUGUCAAACCCAUCCGAUUCUUCAACCGCUUCAUUCACAUCAAAGCUUAUGUGACCCACUACUUGGAUAAAACUUUCUACAACCUGACCACUGUUGCUCUGCAUGACUGGGCCACCUACAGUGAGAUGAGGAACCUGGCAACGCAGCGCUACGGGCUCACAAUGACUGAGGCUCACCUGCCCAGCCAGACACUGGAGCAGGGUUUGGAUGUUCUGGAGAUCAUGAGAAACAUACACGUUUUUGUCUCCCGCUACCUCUAUAACCUGAACAACCAGAUCUUCAUAGAAAAAGCAAGCAACAACAAGCAUCUCAACACAAUCAACAUCCGUCACGUCGCAAACUCCAUCCGGACCCACGGAACGGGCAUCAUGAACACCACGGUUAAUUUCACCUACCAGUUCCUGCGGAAAAAGUUCUACAUCUUCAGCCAGUUUAUGUAUGACGAACACAUCAAGUCCCGACUCAUUAAGGACAUUCGCUUUUUCAGGGAAAUAAAGGAUCAGUCGGACCAUAAGUAUCCUUUUGAGCGUGCAGAGAAGUUUAACCGUGGCAUCAGAAAGCUCGGCCUCACCCCUGAUGGACAGAGCUACCUGGAUCAGUUCAGACAGCUCAUCAGUCAGAUCGGCAACGCUAUGGGCUACGUGCGUAUGAUCCGUUCCGGAGGCCUUCACUGCUGCAGCAGUGCGAUCAGAUUUGUACCAGACCUGGAAGAUAUAGUCAACUUUGAAGAGCUAGUGAAGGAGGAAGGACUAUCGGAGGAAACCCAGAGAUCUGCCUGCGUCCUGGAUUCAGUGUUGAGCGAUCUGACCAGUAACUCUGCUGAGGGGACAGAAUACUUCAAGAAGCUGGUGUCCGUUUUUGCCCCCGAGUUCCGUAGUGCAAAGAAUAUGCACCUGAGGAACUUCUACAUGAUUGUACCUCCUCUGACUGUGAAUUUCGUGGAGCACUCAAUCAGUUGUAAAGAAAAGCUCAACAAGAAAAACAAAACUGGAGCAGCUUUUACAGACGACGGCUUUGCAAUGGGUGUUGCAUACAUUCUCAAGCUGCUGGACCAGUACCUGGAGUUCGACUCUCUGCACUGGUUCCAAGCGGUCCGGGAUAAGUACAGAAAAGAGCUGAGUGCGGUGGUGAAGGAACAGACCGUACAGUCCGCUGGUCAGGAUGAGAAGUUGGUUCAGACGAUGAAUCUCACCCAGAAGAGGCUGGAUGUCUACCUGCAGGAGUUCGAGCUACUUUACUUCUCAUUAAGCAGCGCAAGGAUCUUCUUCAGAGCGGACCAAACAGCAGCAGAGGAAACCCAGGAGAAGAAAGGUAAAGAUGAACCGGGGAAAGAAGGAACUUCACCAGAAGGAUCAAUGGCUGCUGACUCUUCAAAGUGAGCUUCAUGUGAAACCAGAGCUUGUUUUUUUUUAUUACUCUGUAGAGAAACUAUCUUGAAGACAGAAAAUGAGGCGGACCCACCUGAUGUCAGUUUGUGGAUAAAAGACUAUAAAAACUAGGAAUGUUUUUAUUUCCCAUGGUCAACUUAAAGACUGUACCUCCAGGAAAUGUCUCUUCAUAUUCCUUUUUUUUAACAUCCAGUAAUGUAUAGUUUGUUUUUACAAGCACCUUCUUCUUGUACUAAUUUAAAAUGUUUUUUUUUUCUUAAAUCUUUCACCCAAGUUUUCAUAAUGAGUUCGAAAUGUUUUUUCUUCAUUGAGCAUUUGUACAAAAGAAUCAUCUGUGCCUUUGUAGAGUUGAUUUGUUUACAAGCAGCGGUUUCCAAACUCUGGGGUAGCUGUCA